AAAGAUGCAGUCAUCUAGUCAUAGCUCGCUUGAAUCUCUUAAAAAUAUCCACAUUAGCCCCUUUAGACCAGGAAAGCUCGUGAGAGAAAUCAGCAGCAGUGCCAAACUGGGAUCUUCAAGCUUUCCCCAUCCUGUGAAGAUACUAACAAAAGACUCAUCCACUGGUUCUCUAUUGAGUAUUUACGAUGACCAGUCGGAGUCAUCGCAGGAUACACUGAGCGACAGUGGUGUGGGUUCGACAGUCUCGACAAACAGGAGCAUAGAUGAGGACUAUUUCACAUGCUACCAAUGGUAUGUUGGCAGACUGAAUAGACUGGAGGCAGAACAAUGCUUGGAAGGCCUUAGAAACGGUACAUAUUUAGUGAGAAGAACUGUGGGGAAGACUCCUGAAUACACACACGCAAUCGCUGUGAGAUGGAACGACCAACCAUUCCAUAUUCGUCUGUACAAGAGGGACAAGUCAUUCUCAGUUGCCAACUUCCAUUGUAACAAAUUCCCCACCGUUGAGGACUUGGUGACACAUUUUCAAGACAAUAGUUUAUCAGCUAACUUUCCAGCCAUUGCAACUAAGCUGUUACACCCAUAUCAUGAGGAAAUUGGCCGAUUAGAAGACGUUUCACCGGAGCAAUACGAUGGUGGUCAGCCAUGCUUCUCUAUUGGAAUCUGUGCUGUGGACGGUAGUGUUCAACUGAUCGAACAAGAGUGGUACCAUGGAAAACUUUGUCGAGGUGAUGCUGAGAAGAUCCUCUCGAAUCAGCCUGACCAUAGCUUUCUACUUAGAGACAGUGAGAGUGUCCCUGGUGGCUACUCGCUAUCAAUAAGGGAUGGACAUUGUGGCAGCUACGUUCAUCUUCGGAUCUGUUACCAAAAAGGAGAAUACGUACUGGGACAUUAUAGCAAACCGUUUCAAACUCUACCUCAAAUGGUCGCAUACUAUUGCGAGCAUAGUCUCAAUGUCAAGGGCAUUCCAAAUUUAUCACUCAAGUAUCCUGUGUCUCGAUGACAUCACUAUCAAAGGCACACUCAUGAACAUUUGUCACUCUUCUUAAUUUCUAUCAAUCUUUUAAUUAAGUAAUCAAACUGAUUCAGAAGUUUGUUACAUUCUACCUCACAGCUAUAUAAGAAAUAUACACGACCAUUGA